AUCAGCGUUGUGUAAAUGUGAGUGGGGUCUUAUAUACAGUCAGUCAUCCAAGAGUGAAGAAACCAUUUGUGUUAGCUAUCAAGGGUUUAAGAAAGGGUCACCGUGGCUGGCAAAUCCGCAACAAUGACGACGGCGAUGACGGAAAAAGUGAGACUCCGAUUGUUCUUCGACGAUCCCAACAUGCUCAGUAAGUCAAAGACGAACCAAGGCUUGAACCGUUGCUGGUUCCUUCUAAAACCCCACCUCACCACCAUUUCCGAUCUCACCUCUCACCUCCAAACCCUUUUCCGCCUCCACCGCACCUCUCCCGCCGGCAUCACUCUUUCGAUGGAUGGUUUUGUUUUACCAUCGUUUGAGUCUACUUGUAUUUUGAAGGAUAAAGACAUUGUGUGUGUGAGAAGAAAGGGAAGUAGUUUAACUGAUGGUAAACCUGCAAUGCUGCCAUUAGAAGCUUGUGAGAAUCGGUCUACUGAGGCUCUGGAGCUUCUUGCAAUUGAGGGGAUUCAAGAGGAGAGGCGAGAAUAUGAAACUGUUAACCUAGAUGAUGAUGAUGAUGAUGUUGAUAAUGAUCAAACUGAAGAUGUGGUUUAUGUGGAAGCUAAAUCGGAUGGGAAUACAACUUCAAAGAAGAGAAAGGCGUCCAAGAAGCUUAAGAGCCCUAGUCAGAAGAAGAUUAAGAUGUCUACCACGGAUAACUUAUCAGUCAUUCCGGAGGUCAAUGAUGAGGAAAAUGGAAGUUUGAAAGACGGUGCUCACCGCCAGCCAAGUCCUGCCAAGAAGUCAUCAAAAAAGUUGUCAAAAAAGUCUAGCAACCGUGAUUUAAUUAAACAAAAAGAUGACCAAAAUGGGUCAACAAGCGAUGAAACAAGGUCUCUUCAGCCUCAAGGUGAAGGCGAAACUAAAAAGUUGCCUAGCAGAAGUGCUCGGCGGAAAAAGGCCAAAAGAAAGUGGUUGAGGGAACUAAAAUUAAAGGAGAAAGAGAAAGAGAAUGAGAAUGAGAACGAGAAGGAGAAGCUUCAUCUGGAUCAGGUGCUUGAAAAAGAUGAUCCACAAUUACCUACCAAAGAUAAGAAUUGCAUAGUUGCUGAUGUGCUUCAACAAUCCGAUGAAGAAAGUGAAGCAGAUGACGACAUGGUUCCUGUGGAGAUCAAGCCAGGGCACAUUCGGUUUCAGUCCCGUGGAAAAGAUAAGGCAGUGCCAGAGAAUCAGUUCCCAGUGGACACAUUUCAGUGGAGUGGUACUACCAGCAAGAAGAAGGGUCAGAAAUGGGGUAAAGAGAGGACCUCAUCCCAUAAACAGGAUGAUUAUGAGCAGCCCCGUCAAGAUUUUCCUACUGUUCAGAAUGCUGGGAAAAAAAACACAUUUGACGCAGUAGAUUUUGAAAAGCUUACACCUUACACAGACUUGCCAAAGGAAGGAAAUGUUAUUGCUUAUCGAUUGAUUGAGUUAUCAGAAUCUUGGACUCCUGAGAUCUCCUCCUUCAGAGUUGGUAAAGUAACACAGUUUGACAGUAAAUCAAACAGGAUAUGGCUAGAGACAGUUUCAGAAUAUCCAUUUGACUUUAGGAAGAAAAUAGAUGACCUAGACGACGAUGCAACACCUGCACAGUACGAUCCUUCCCCUUAUCAGGAAGAUGGUUCUUUAGAGAUUGAUUAUGUAUCUCUUGCUGAUGUUCGAAUUAUUAAGCAUGGCCACUCGAAUUUGGCAACUGUAGUUGCUUCUAAUGAUGCUUUAGUAACUCCAUCAAAAGCAACUAACAGAAGUACUGAUGCUUUGGUAACUCCAACAAAAGCAACCAACAAUAGCACUGUUGAAAAACAUGUUGGUAAUCAAACUCCUGUUGGAAGCUCGAAGCCACAAAAGGAGGGCCAUACCCCUGCUAAAGAAAACGGGGAAGUUAACGUUUGGGAUGAAAUCAACGAAGCAUUAAAAGCAAAGAAGGCCCGGCUGUCGCAGGGGGAUGGUUGGAAGAAAGAUGAUAGUUCAAGCAAUAGGCCAUGGUCUCAGAGAGCCAAAUGCAGUGCACUGGGUCCUACAAUGGCACUUUUAAGAUCACAGAAUGGCUUUAAGAAAUAGUCCUACACUUAAGCCUUGUUUACUGCGUGUCUCUUUUCCGCAGAUUAGUAUUACAUGUUUUUUUUGUGGGUAUGUAUAUGAACAAAUUACCCAUACUGCCAUCUGUAAUGAAUGCUACACGUCCUGAUUUCAGUAUGCUAGUGGGAAAAAUGUUUUGGGGUGCUUAUUUCUAGUCCA